AUGGGUGGUCGAUUGUUUUAUGAGCUAGGACAAGAUGGUUGUGAAAAUUACGCUUCUUUUGGAUGUCACGUUGUUGCAAUUUUUCUUCUUCACAUGAUAUACGAGUUGAUUCUAUUGGUUGUCUUCUUAAUUGUCUCAUGGAAUACCGGAAAAUGGGUCGAUGAUACGAGUUUUUUGAUUUGGCCAACAAUAUUUGGAUCGUUGUGCUUUCUCACGUGGUGUUUGGGGCCGAUGGGGAUUUUGGCCGAAAAUUACCUCCUUUUAUCUAUGUGCUCGAUUCGCAGCUUUUUCCUGGCUAUUUUAGCCGUCUUGAGCACUUUUAUACAUUUGGUUAUCUUUGAAGGAUUUGUUUGGGAAGUUGUUGGAUGGAUCUUUGUGAUGCCCGGCUUCUUUUAUGUGAUCGGUAGCUAUUAUUCGGCUAGGAGUGGCACUUACUUCCUUACCAGAUAUACUGGUUACGAUGCAGCUGAUCCAGACUUGAUGACGGUUCUCGGAAAGAAACCAAAGAAGACGAAAAAGCACGCCCUUCUACGAAUUUGUGAUCUUGCUUAUGGUAAA